ACAGAACAGAACAGAACAGAACAGGACAGAAGAGGACAGAAGAGAAGAGAAGAGAACAGAAGAGAAGAGAACAGAAGAGAAGAGAACAGAAGAGAAGAGAACAGAACAUAAGAGAACAGAGAAGAGAACAGAAGAGAACAGAAGAGAACAGAAGAGAACAGAGAAGAGAACAGAGAAGAGAACAGAGAAGAGAACAGAGAAGAGAAGAGAACAGAAGAGAACGGAACAGAACAGAAGAGAACAGAGGAGAACAGAAGAGAAGAGAACAGCACAUAA